AUGGAGCUGGCUAGGAUCGUCCGAUUCAUUCUCUUUGCUCUCUUCUCUCCUUUCGAGCCAGCUUCAAGACCAUCCGUCUACAUCAACCUCUCUUUCUUCCCAAUACUCAUCAACAUGAAGUUCUCUCUUCUCAUCACCAGCAGCCUGGCUGCAUUCGCCGCCGCCGCCCCGGUCAACAAGCGUGCCGUCUUCUCCACGCAGACCUACGACGACCUGUCCAUCAGCGGCGGCGUCGCCGGCAAUGCCCAGCAGGAGGCCCUCGACAAGCUGGCCGGUCUGCCCGACGACCUGACCACCGUCGAGGAGGCCGACCUGGACUUCCUCAACAGCGUCAAUCAGAUCGCCAACGACGCCGAGACUGACGCCUUCAACCCAGCCAUUGAGGCCGCUGAUGGCGAGGAGGCUGAUGCUCUUCAGCGUGGCAAGAUCAAGAACAAGGUUCUGAAGCUCACCGCCACCAUUCUGAAGCUCCAGGCGCAGCAAGCGCAGGGCCAGGACGUCGCCGAGAAGCUUGCCGCUGAGCAGAAGAAGCUGGACAAUAACAUUGCCCAGGAUGAGGACGAGGCCGGCCUGGAGUCAAUUGCUCUGCAGUUCGACGCCACCACCGACUAA